AUGGCAUACUUCAACUCCAGAAGCCACAUCAUACUCCGCACGGAGGCAAGCUACCACCAAGGACUUUCCGCUGCGCUGUAUCAGCAGACAGACAAAGAAAUGCAACCUGUACACUUCAUCAGCCGCACGAUGACCGACACCAAGAAGAGAUACAGCCAGACAGAGAAGGAUGCACUAGCGAUCAAGUGGGCCAAAGAGAGGCUGAGGAUCUAUCUGCUAGGUGCACCAAGAUUAAGAAUCGUGACCGCACACAAACCCCUACUACCCAUGUUCAACAAGGCGACUGCGAAGAUGCCCCCACGAAUAGAGAAAUGGGUGAUGGAAAUGCAAGACGUCGACUUCGAGCUGAUCUACGAACCAGGGAAGGACGAGCAAGAUCCACUAGAUUACCUUUCCAGGCACCCCCUCCCGGAGACUGGGGACGACAGCACAGAGAAGAUCAUCAAGUGGACCGUCGAUGCUGACUACACAGUUGUGCUUAAGAGAAUCAGGGAAGAGACACUGAAAGACAAGACAUCGCAGAAGUUGGCAGAGAGAAUAGCAAGAUGUGACUGGGAGAAGUUCAGAAGAGAUAAGGACAUACAGCCAUACUACCAAGUGAGGCAAGAACUCUCAGUUGCUGAAGGACUGAUCUUCCGGGAAGAAAGAAUCCUGCUUCCUGAAGUACUGCAGAGAAAGAUCGUCAAGAUCGGACACACACUGGGACACUUAGGCAAGACAAAGACCAAGCAAAUGCUCAGAGAGAAGUAUUGGUUCCCAAACAUGAACAGCAUGAUAGAUACAGCAGUCGAUCAGUGCUUCAAUUGCCAAGUAGCAACCAAAAGCCACAAGGAAGAACCUAUCAAGCCAACCCAAAUCCCUAGUAAACCUUGGGAGACCAUCUCAACAGAUUUCGGUGGACCGUACCCAGACGGACACUACAACCUCGUGGUUAUUGAUAAGAGGAGCAGAUAUCCAGUUGUGGAAAGAGUGCCAAGCACAAGCCUGGGACCAGUCAAGGAAAGGAUGAAGGACAUCUUUGCAACAUAUGGCACACCCAAAAGGGUAGAGUGA